GCUAGAGAUUCAGUCAGGUUUAUUGGUUCAGCACACAACACAGGGAGCUAGAGAUUCAGUCAGGUUUAUUGGUUCAGCACACAACACAGGGAGCUAGAGAUUCAGUCAGGUUUAUUGGUUCAGCACACAACACAGGGAGCUAGAGAUUCAGUCAGGUUUAUUGGUUCAGUACACAACACAAGGAGCUAGAGAUUCAGUCAGGUUUAUUGGUUCGUGACAAUCACAUCGAAGACUUCUCUGCCAGCUAGAGCCGCCCCCACAGUGUGUGACUGGGAGAGCCGGCGCGGUGCACACUGGGUCGGGACAACCCCUUUCCCGCGCCGAGUGAGCUGUAGCAGAGUCUGCGCUGUAGCCGCCAUGUUGCUUGCAGCCGAUACCAACAUUCUGUAAUUGUGUCUUCCCCGACCCCCUUCCCUCCGCCUUCUCCUUUCCCGUGGGCCAGGUGCGGAGUCGCAAGAAGGAGGAGGCAGCCGCGGCGAAAGCAGGGAGCAGUCCCGCUUGUUUGCAGCCGAGCCAUGUCCACCAAGGACGGUAAACACUCCACCACCGAGCGGGCGGUUAAAUAAUAGCCUAAAUGUGACUAAACCCUGAUUGGGUUCAGGAUUCCGGGGAAUCCUAGUCAUGUUCAGUAAGAUUCGUGCCUAAGCAACCAGAGUCUGAGCAGAGUCUUGAUUUUGGAUACUGACAAAUCAAGAAAGAUUCCGUAUCGGCUGAAUUCUUGCUGCUUUAAACACAAGCCUUUUAUAAGAAAGGCUGUACCUUUCCCCCCAACUAAUCGAUUAACAUCUGAAGACGUGUUUGACACUGAUGGAAAGCCCAGGGUAGAUAUUCUGAAGAACCAUUUAAUAAAAGAAGGUCGUGUAGAUGAAGAAAUUGCACUAAGGAUUAUAAACGAAGGAGCUGCAAUUUUGCGGCAUGAAAAGACUAUGAUAGAAGUAGAAGCUCCAAUUACAGUUUGUGGAGAUAUACACGGGCAGUUCUUUGACUUGAUGAAAUUGUUUGAAGUGGGUGGAUCACCAGCUAACACAAGAUACCUCUUUCUAGGGGACUAUGUAGACAGAGGUUAUUUUAGUAUAGAGUGUGUUUUGUAUUUAUGGGUUUUAAAGAUUCUGUACCCCAACACGCUUUUUCUUUUAAGAGGCAAUCAUGAAUGCAGGCACCUUACAGAAUACUUCACUUUUAAGCAAGAAUGUAAAAUAAAAUAUUCGGAAAGAGUGUAUGAGGCCUGUAUGGAAGCUUUUGAUUGUCUUCCGUUAGCUGCACUUUUAAACCAACAAUUUCUGUGUGUUCAUGGUGGACUGUCCCCAGAAAUACAUACCUUAGAUGACAUUAAAAGAUUAGACAGGUUUAAAGAGCCUCCUGCUUUUGGCCCUAUGUGUGACCUAUUAUGGUCCGAUCCUUCAGAAGAUUUUGGUAAUGAAAAAUCACAGGAACAUUUCAGUCACAAUACAGUUAGAGGUUGCUCUUACUUCUAUAGCUACCCAGCAGUUUGUGAGUUUCUACAAAAUAACAACUUGUUGUCAAUCAUCAGAGCACAUGAAGCCCAAGAUGCAGGUUACCGAAUGUACAGAAAAAGUCAAACUACAGGGUUUCCUUCUUUAAUAACAAUAUUUUCAGCACCCAAUUACUUAGAUGUGUACAACAAUAAAGCUGCUGUAUUAAAGUAUGAAAACAAUGUCAUGAAUAUCAGACAGUUCAACUGCUCACCACAUCCAUACUGGCUACCAAAUUUUAUGGACGUCUUUACGUGGUCAUUGCCAUUUGUUGGUGAAAAAGUUACAGAAAUGUUGGUGAAUGUUCUGAGUAUUUGCUCCGAUGAUGAGCUUAUGACAGAGGGUGAAGACCAGUUUGACGAACGACUCAUAUAUGGCAAUAAAAAAGUAGGUACAGCAGCAGCUAGAAAAGAAAUUAUCAGGAAUAAAAUUCGGGCUAUUGGCAAGAUGGCAAGAGUCUUCUCUGUGCUUAGGGAAGAAAGUGAAAGUGUGUUGACACUGAAGGGUUUAACACCCACCGGAAUGCUACCUAGCGGAGUACUGGCUGGAGGACGACAGACUCUACAAAGUGCCACAGUUGAGGCAAUUGAGGCUGAUAAAGCAAUACGAGGAUUCUCGCCGCAGCAUAAAAUCUGCAGUUUUGAAGAAGCAAAGGGAUUGGAUAGGAUCAAUGAAAGGAUGCCCCCGAGAAAAGAUGCGAGGCAGCAAGACGGUAUUAAUUCAGUAAACGUAAACGCCAAGGAAAAUAACGGGACUGGCAACAACAAUGUCCAAUGACUGCUCUAGGUAAGCGCUUACUCCCACCCUGCCUGAGAAGUCCCUAGAUUCAAGCUUUGUCCGAGAACAGCUUCAAUAGCCACUGGGAUCCAAAAUACCUACAGACUGUGAAAGGUCGUGGAAUAUGCAGCGAUCCCUAUGUGUACAUUUCAGUGCUUUCCAUGAGACUACAACAUUUCUUUGUACGAUUUGGACAUUCAUUGGGCAUGUUCCGAACUUGCCGCUACCAAGCGCACGUGUGUGUGGAUCAUGGGAAAGUAUGGGGCUGUUUUCAUGAAAGCACUUCUAGUGUUGCAUCUCACGCUUAUCAUUGUUGACACUUAAGUUUACAAAUGGAAAUCUUGUUUUCGUUCACUAGAUUUUUUUUCCCCCCUUUUCUGAUCAGAAAUGUGCAUCCCUUAAAGCUAUUUAUUUAAAAGGAUUGUCUUAAACAUGCCGAGGUUGCAAAAUUUAUUCGAAAAAAACCUGCAAACCAACGCCAGGCAAAUGGCUUUUUGUAAUCUCAGGUGUAUAGUUGUAUGAAUUCGAUGUUGCGAUCUAUGUAUUAUAUGCUGUCAUUUUUUUUUAUUAUUAUUAUUAUAUAUAGGGUGGCGAGGAGAUCAUAUUUAAUUGCACCAAAUCUCUUAAUAUUGGAACGAUUUCUACAUAGGAACAUUUAUUACUUGAACGGAGAUCAAACAAAUAUUUUAUUUCUUACGCACCCAAUAUUUUCUGAGAUUCCCCCCUACCCUUUUUCCACCUAAAAAAAAAAAAGCAAAUCAGGAUUGUUCCUUCUUGGGUACUUUAAUUGAGCUUUGUAUAUUAUGUUGAAGUACAUUUUUGAUUCAUAUCAAGUCUGUAAAGCUUGACAUUGUAUUUUGUGUAUGCAUGUUUUCUUUUUUUGCAGAUAUUUAAUAUAUAAACCUAUGAUGUACAGGAAGCGCAUCUAUAGGGAACAUAGAUGUUAUUGAUACUUUUUAGUUUAUUGUGAUUAUUAAAGUUGCUUCAAUGGCUGAUCACGACUGAAUAGCUGCAAGAAUUUUUAUUAUCUUGAAUUCUGUAAAGACUAAAAAAAAUAUGUUCCGAGCGUAUGUUUUGUGAAAACAUAAGGAAUUGCUUUGUCCAACCUCUGUAAAAUAAAGACUGCAUGGAUUUGUUUCUUUUUUUCUUCCCCUUUUUCUUUUUUUUUCAUUUGAUAGUUACCAGAACCAGACUGCGGAAUUUGAAAUUCCAAUGAUUUUCUUGUUCUAGAAAUAAUGAAAGUACUGAUUUCCAUUGUAUUUUUGGUAUAAAUUUUUGCACUUUUUUUUUUUGUUGUUUGCAACAUCACUUGCAACUUAAGUCUGUUCAGGUCAUGUCCCUUUUCAUUUCCACCAACUGCAAACUGUACAUAGCUCCUUGUCCAGGUCAGAGAUUUUAUGCAUGUUUCCGAACUGUUAAAGAAUUUUAUAAACUGUAGCACACAAUAAAUUUUGUGCAUGGGCCGCUGCUCUGAGCAGUGUGUCAAUUUUGUAUGGUUUUUUUCCCUUUUGCUUUUUAAUAUAAUCAAGAAUUAAAAAAAAGAAAAAAAUGAAAUUUCCCUCUCUGUAAAAAAAAAUUUAAAAAAAAAAGUCAAUCAUGCAGCAAAAUAUAUUCAGAUCUUUUAGCAUAAUUUUUCACCAAGAAACUUCUAUAGGUGUUAAAGCCCUUUAUGACAAAAUGUAUGUUUCUUCUAUACUGCCAAACUUCUUCCUUUACAAUAUGCAACCUAUUUCCGGCGAUAAUGUAUGAUGUUUUCCCAAUAAAACGAAGAUGUAUUUAAAAAAUAAA